AUGGCACCCCCUUCUGCAGACGCAUACCCCAUCCCCCAAGACGAUAGAUAUCCUAGCAAAUCUAUCUCCGCGAGCAGGCUUCCAGGUCCCCUCAAAUAUUCCGGAAGCCUGGAUGAAUACGAAUCAUUUGAUCUGACUGCCGCCAUUGGCCGGGAGUUCUCGACGCUGCAACUGAGCGAGAUCUUACACGACGAUGCCAAGAUCCGAGAUUUGGGCAUCAUAGUCUCCCAGCGUGGCGUGGUGUUCCUGCGCAACCAGAACUUGAGUAUCGCUGACCAGAAGAACCUGGCGAUCAAGAUCGGGCAGCUGACAGGCAGACCCGAGGCAUCUUAUCUUCAUAAACACCCCCUCUCUAACGGCAAACGUGGGCUUGCAGUGGACAAGGACGGGAAACUCGACGAUGAGGUGACCAUUAUGUCUUCUGAGCAGAAUAAGAAGAUGUAUAGGGGUCGUUGUGGUCCUGGUACGAAGCGAUUGGCUAGUGAGGGAUGGCAUUCGGAUAUCACCUUUGAACCAGUGCCAUCUGACUACGCCAUCCUGAAAAUCGUGACUCCUCCUGAGGACGUAGGAGGAGAUACGCUCUGGGCGUCUGGAUAUGAAGCCUACGAUCGACUUUCCCCAGCAUGGAAGAAAUUCGCCGAGGGUUUGACGGCCACCCAUUACCAACCUGCGUUCAAUGAUGCCGUCAGAAACCAGGAUAUGGAACUUAUCACAGAGAAUCGCGGCAAUCCGGAGAACAGCGGAGUGGAAUUCAAAGCCUCCCAUCCCGUUGUGCGCACAAACCCGGUUACUGGAUGGAAGAGUCUGUUUGCUGCUGGAUUUCAGAUCCGUGCAGGAUGGAUUGACAAUGUGACAGAUUAUGAAAGUGAGAUGCUGAAGUCUUACUUUCUGAAAUUAAUUUCUGAAAACCAUGACCUUCAGGUGCGAUUCCGCUGGAGCGAAAACGAUGUCGCCAUAUGGGACAACCGCUGUGUGUUUCAUACUGCAACAUAUGACUAUAAUGGUGCUCGAGUUGGAAACCGGGUCGUUUCUCUAGGAGAGAGACCAUUCUACGACCCAAAAUCCGUUUCCCGCAGGGAAGCACUUGGACUUGAGGUGUAG